GCCCCCUGGCCCCGGAUGGUGACUGGCGGUGGUGCUGCGCCUCCGGGGACUGUCACUGAGCCGCUUCCCAGUGUGAUUGUGCUGAGCGCAGACCGGAAGAUGGCGGCUGCGGCGGCCUCGGCCCCGGGCUGCUCCUCGGCGCCGGGGGCGAGCGCGGCCGGGAUCUCGGAGUGGCUGGUCCUGCGGGAUGGCUGCAUGCGCUGCGACGCCGACGGGCUGCACAGCCUCUCCUACCACCCAGCGCUCAACGCCAUCCUGGCAGUCACCACUCGCGGGACCAUCAAAGUCAUCGACGGCACCUCGGGGGCCACCCUGCAGGCCUCGGCACUCAGCGCUAAACCAGGUGGACAAGUGAAAUGUCAGUAUAUUUCUACUGUGGAUAAAGUUGUAUUUGUGGAUGAUUAUGCAGUGGGAUGUAGGAAGGACCUUAAUGGAAUCUUGUUGUUAGAUACUGCUCUGCAAACUCCGGUAUCAAAGCAGGAUGAUGUGGUUCAGCUUGAAUUACCUGUUACAGAGGCACAGCAGCUUUUAUCAGCAUGUUUAGAAAAGGUAGAUAUUUCUAGUAUGGAGGGUUAUGAUUUAUUCAUCACACAGCUCAAAGAUGGUUUAAAAAAUACAUCUCAUGAGACUGCAGCAAACCACAAAGUUGCUAAGUGGGCCACAGUUACAUUUCAUCUUCCUCAUCAUGUUUUGAAGUCCAUUGCCAGUGCUGUUGUAAAUGAACUCAAGAAAAUAAAUCAAAAUGUUGCUGCCUUACCUGUGGCAUCCUCAGUGAUGGACAGAUUGUCUUACCUCUUACCUAGUGCACGUCCAGAACUUGGAGUGGGUCCAGGCCGGUCUGUAGACAGAUCAUUGAUGUAUAGUGAAGCUAACAGACGGGAGACAUUUACCUCGUGGCCUCAUGUAGGCUAUAGGUGGGCACAACCAGAUCCCAUGGCUCAAGCUGGAUUUUAUCAUCAGCCUGCGUCAUCUGGAGAUGAUAGAGCCAUGUGUUUCACAUGUAGUGUAUGCCUUGUUUGUUGGGAACCUACUGAUGAACCUUGGUCUGAACAUGAGAGACAUUCCCCAAACUGCCCGUUUGUGAAAGGCGAGCAUACACAGAAUGUGCCGUUGUCAGUGACUCUUGCAACAAGUCCUGCCCAGUUUCCUUGUGCAGACGGAACUGACAGAAUAUCUUGCUUUGGGUCGGGGAGCUGCCCUCAUUUUCUAGCUGCUGCAACUAAAAGAGGAAAGAUCUGCAUAUGGGACGUUUCCAAACUUAUGAAGGUGCACUUAAAGUUUGAAAUUAAUGCAUAUGAUCCAGUAAUUGUGCAACAGCUUAUCCUAUCGGGAGAACCAAGCUCAGGAAUUGAUUCAAGGAGACCAACUUUGGCAUGGCUGGAAGACUCCUCCAGUUGCUCAGAUAUACCCAAAUUGGAAGGAGAUAGUGAUGACUUACUAGAGGAUUCGGACAGUGAAGAGCAUUCCAGAUCAGAUUCUGUGACAGGGCAUACAUCACAGAAGGAAGCCUUGGAAGUGAGUCUUGAUAUAACAGCGCUGAGCAUUCUCCAGCAGCCAGAAAAACUUCAGUGGGAGAUUGUUGCAAAUGUGCUUGAAGAUACUGUUAAGGAUCUUGAAGAACUUGGGGCAAAUCCUUGCUUAACAAACUGUAAGAGCGAAAAGAUGAAGGAAAAGCACCAGGAACAACACAACAUUCCCUUUCCAUGUUUGUUAGCUGGAGGUUUAUUAACAUAUAAAUCUCCUGCUACCUCUCCCAUUAGUAGUAAUUCUCACAGGUCACUGGAUGGUUUAAGCCGAACUCAGGGUGAAAGUAUAUCUGAACAAGGGUCAACUGACAAUGAAUCCUGUACAAAUUCAGAACUAAAUUCUCCCCUGGUAAGGAGGACUUUACCCAUUUUGCUACUUUAUAGCAUCAAGGAAUCUGAUGAGAAAGCAGGAAAAAUCUUUUCACAGAUGAACAAUAUUAUGAGUAAAGGUUUGCAUGAUGAUGGUUUUACAGUGCCGCAGAUUAUUGAGAUGGAGCUGGAUAGUCAGGAGCAGUUGUUGUUGCAGGACCCUCCUGUGACUUACAUUCAGCAGUUUGCAGAUGCAGCAGCCAACCUUACCUCUCCAGAUUCUGACAAGUGGAACUCUGUGUUGCCCAAGCCUGGGACUUUGGUUCAGUGCUUGAGGCUGCCAAAGUUUGCAGAGGAGGAGAAUCUUUGUAUAGACUCAAUAACUCCUUGUGCUGAUGGAAUUCAUUUGUUGGUAGGACUGCGGACAUGCCCUAUUGAAUCCAUGAGUGCAAUAAAUCAAGUAGAGGCCCUGAAUAAUUUAAAUAAAUUAAACUCUGCUCUAUGUAAUAGACGGAAAGGUGAGCUGGAAUCAAAUCUUGCUGCAGUGAAUGGUGCAAAUAUUAGUGUAAUCCAACAAGAAUCACCAGCAGAUGUACAGACUCCUUUAACAAUUCAGCAUGAGCACAGGAAUGUUAGUGGUGGAUAUUUAGUACUUUAUAAAAUGAAUUACGCCACUCGGAUAGUGACUUUAGAAGAGGAGCCAAUAAAAAUCCAACAUAUCAAAGAUCCCCAGGAUACAAUUACCUCACUCAUUUUGCUUCCACCAGAUAUAUUGGAUAAUAGAGAGGAUGACUGUGAGGAACCUGUUGAGGAAAUGCAGUUAACCUCAAAGAAUGGUAAUGAGAGAGAAAAAAAGUCUGAUAUUUCAACCCUUGGACACCUGGUAAUAACCACUCAGGGAGGAUAUGUAAAAAUAUUAGAUCUUUCAAACUUUGAAAUUUUGGCCAAAGUGGAACCUCCCAAAAAGGAGGGCACUGAGGAGCAGGACAUGUUUGUUUCCGUCAUAUAUUGCUCGGGCACAGACAGGCUGUGUGCAUGCACCAAAGGUGGUGAGCUUCAUUUUCUCCAAAUUGGAGGAACCUGUGAUGAUAUUGAUGAAGCUGAUAUACUAGUGGAUGGAUCUCUUUCUAAAGGAAUAGAACCCUCUUCAGAAGGUUCCAAACCAUUAUCAAAUCCUUCAAGUCCUGGUAUUUCAGGAGUUGACCUAUUGGUGGACCAGCCAUUCACCCUUGAAAUCUUGACGUCUUUAGUGGAGCUAACUCGCUUUGAGACUCUGACUCCACGAUUUUCAGCUACUGUUCCUCCAUGCUGGGUAGAAGUUCAACAAGAACAGCAGCAAAGGAGACACCCUCAACAUUUACAUCAACAACACCAUGGAGAUGCCGCUCAACAUACUAGAACUUGGAAACUACAGACUGACAGCAACAGCUGGGAUGAACAUGUAUUUGAAUUAGUUCUACCUAAAGCUUGUAUGGUUGGACACGUGGACUUCAAAUUCGCUUUGAACUCAAAUAUCACCAAUAUUCCACAGAUACAAGUGACACUUCUGAAAAAUAAAGCUCCAGGCUUAGGGAAAGUCAGUGAAACAGCAGUAGAUAGGCAGAUCACCUUUCCUUUGUCUCCAGCUCUUAACAUUGAAGUGGAACAAAAUGGGAAACCGUCCCUGGUUGAUUUGAAUGAAGAAGUUCAGCACAUGGAUGUAGAGGAAUCACAGUGUCUUAGAUUAUGUCCAUUUUUAGAAGAUCAUAAAGAAGAUAUUCUCUGUGGGCCAGUAUGGCUUGCUAGUGGCCUUGAUCUAUCAGGACAUGCUGGGAUGUUGACAUUAACAAGCCCCAAACUUGUUAAAGGUAUGGCAGGAGGAAAAUACCGUUCAUUUUUAAUCCAUGUCAAGGCAGUGAAUGAAAGAGGAGCAGAUGAGACCUGUAAUGGUGGUAUACGUCCUGUAGUAAGACUUCCAUCCCUAAAACAUCAGAGUAACAAGGGUUGCUCACUUGCUUCACUCUUGGCAAAAGUUGCAGCAGGCAAGGAAAAAUCAUCUAAUGUUAAGAAUGAAAAUGCAAGUGGCACCCGUAAAUCUGAAAACCUCCGGGGCUGUGACUUACUUCAAGAGGUUUCAGUUACCAUUCGAAGAUUUAAGAAAACUUCAAUUUCUAAGGAAAGAGUACAGCGAUGUGCCAUGUUACAGUUUUCAGAAUUUCAUGAGAAGCUUCUCAGCACUCUUUGCAGAAAAGCAGAUGAUGGCCAAAUCACGGAGCAUGCCCAGAGUCUUGUGUUGGAUACUCUCUGUUGGUUGGCCGGAGUACAUUCAAAUGGACCAGGAAGCUCAAAGGAGGGAAACGAGAGCCUACUUUCAAAAACACGAAAAUGUCUUUCAGACAUCGUGCGCGUUUGCUUCUUUGAGGCAGGACGAAGCAUGGCCCAUAAGUGUGCUCGAUUUCUAGCCUUGUGUAUUAGUAAUGGCAAGUGUGACCCAUGUCAACCAGGAUUUGGAUCUGUUCUGUUGAAGGCUUUACUUGAUAAUAUGCCAUUUUUACCUGCAGCAGCAACUGGUGGUUCUGUCUAUUGGUACUUUGUCUUAUUGAACUAUGUUAAAGAUGAAGAUUUGGCUGGGUGCAGUACAGCUUGUGCAUCUUUGCUUACUGCUGUGUCCAGACAGUUACAGGACAGGCUAACACCAAUGGAGGCUUUACUUCAGACAAGAUAUGGAUUAUAUAGCUCACCAUUUGAUCCAGUCCUUUUUGAUUUGGAGAUGAGUGGCUCUUCUUGUAAAAAUGUAUACAACAGCAGCAUCGGGGUCCAGUCAGAUGAAAUCGAUUUAUCAGAUGUCCUUGCCGGGACUGGAAAGGUCAGUAGUUGCACAGCUGCUGAGGGUAGCUUUACAUCUCUCACCGGACUUCUAGAAGUUGAACCUCUACACUUUACUUGUGUGUCAACGAGUGAUGGAACCAGAAUAGAAAGGGAUGAUGCAAGUACGUUUACUGUGAGUUCCUUCGGGGUUACUCCUGCAGUAGGUGGACUAUCAUCUGGGACAGUUGGGGAAGCUUCGACAGCCCUGAGUUCAGCAGCCCAGGUAGCUUUGCAGUCUCUCUCUCAUGCAAUGGCUUCAGCCGAGCAACAGCUACAGGUGCUGCAAGAGAAACAGCAGCAGCUUUUGAAGCUUCAGCAACAGAAAGCAAAGCUGGAAGCCAAGUUACAUCAGACAACAGCUGCGGCAGCAGCAGCGUCAGCAUCAGCAGGAGCUCCUGUUCACAACUCCGUGCCUUCUAACCCAGUGGCAGCCCCUGGAUUCUUCAUCCAUCCAUCUGAUGUUAUUCCACCCACUCCGAAGACAACACCACUUUUCAUGACUCCCCCACUCACCCCACCCAAUGAAGCAGUGUCGGUUGUGAUUAAUGCAGAACUUGCACAGCUUUUCCCAGGCUCAGUCAUUGAUCCCCCAGCAGUCAGUCUGGCUGCACAUAACAAAAAUUCCAACAAGUCCAGAACGAAUCCGCUUGGUUCUGGUCUAGCCCUUGCAAUUUCUCAUGCUUCACAUUUUCUUCAACCUCCGCCUCACCAGUCCAUUAUUAUAGAGCGAAUGCAUUCAGGAGCAAGGAGGUUUGUGACCUUGGAUUUUGGCAGACCAAUACUGUUGACGGAUGUAUUGAUUCCCACUUGUGGAGACUUGGCCUCCUUGUCAAUUGACAUUUGGACGUUAGGAGAAGAGGUGGAUGGAAGGCGAUUGGUAGUGGCAACUGAUAUAAGCACCCAUUCAUUAAUUCUUCAUGACUUAAUACCACCUCCUGUGUGCAGAUUCAUGAAGAUCACCGUCAUUGGACGUUAUGGAAGUACAAAUGCCAGAGCCAAAAUCCCACUAGGUUUUUACUAUGGUCACACCUAUAUCUUACCAUGGGAGAGUGAACUGAAGUUAAUGCAUGAUCCUCUAAGGGGAGAAGGAGAAUCUGCAAACCAGCCAGAAAUUGACCAGCAUUUAGCAAUGAUGAUUGCCCUACAGGAGGAUAUACAGUGCAGGUAUAACUUAGCUUGUCAUCGAUUGGAGACUCUCUUGCAAAGUAUUGAUCUUCCUCCUCUCAACAGUGCUAACAAUGCACAGUAUUUUUUGCGAAAGCCAGAUAAGGCAGUUGAAGAGGAUAGUAGAGUUUUUUCUGCCUAUCAGGAUUGUAUUCAGCUCCAGCUUCAACUAAACUUGGCUCAUUAUGCAGUACAGAGGCUCAAAGUAGCUCUGGGUGCAAGUCGAAAGAUGUUGGAUGAAACCUCAGAUCCAGCAGAUUUAAUUCAGACAUCUUCCACAGAGCAGUUACGUACUAUCAUCAGAUAUUUAUUGGAUACUUUGCUCAGCCUUCUUCACUCUUCCAAUGGGCACUCUGUUCCUGCAGUUUUGCAGAGCACGUUUCAUGCCCAGGCCUGUGAAGAGCUCUUUAAACACUUGUGCAUCAGUGGAACCCCAAAGAUACGAUUACAUACUGGUCUUCUCCUUGUUCAACUCUGUGGUGGUGAAAGAUGGUGGGGUCAGUUUCUCUCUAAUGUUCUUCAGGAACUGUACAAUUCAGAGCAGCUUCUCAUCUUUCCACAGGAUAGGGUCUUUAUGUUACUUUCCUGCAUUGGUCAAAGAUCACUUAGUAAUAGUGGAGUAUUAGAAAGCUUACUCAAUCUCUUGGAUAAUUUAUUGUCACCUCUUCAGCCACAGUUACCCAUGCAUUGGAGGACAGAAGGAGUACUAGAUAUCCCCAUGAUCAGUUGGGUUGUUAUGCUGGUGUCCAGGUUGUUGGAUUAUGUGGCAACCGUUGAAGAUGAAGCAACAGCAGCAAAGAAACCUUUGAAUGGUAAAGACAGGGAGAGGUUUCUGACAGGUAACCAGUGGAGUUUUAUUAACAAUAGUCUGCACACUCAGAGCUUAAAUCGGUCUUCCAAAGGCAGCAGUAGCCUUGACAGACUCUAUUCCAGAAAAAUCAGAAAGCAGCUUGUUCAUCAUAAACAGCAACUUAACUUACUAAAAGCAAAACAGAAGGCGUUGGUGGAACAGAUGGAAAAAGAAAAAAUACAAAGUAACAAAGGAUCAUCAUAUAAACUUCUGGUAGAACAAGCAAAACUAAAGCAGGCAACAUCAAAGCACUUUAAGGAUCUAAUUAGGCUACGUCGGACAGCAGAGUGGUCCCGUUCUAAUUUGGACACAGAAGUUACAACAACAAAAGAAAGUCCAGAGAUAGAACCACUCCCAUUUACUCUGGCUCAUGAGCGUUGUAUCUCAGUAGUCCAGAAACUUGUUUUGUUUCUCCUCUCCAUGGAUUUUACAUGUCAUGCAGAUCUCUUAUUAUUUAUUUGUAAGGUUCUUGCACGUAUUGCAAAUGCCACGAGGCCAACUAUUCAUCUGUGUGAGAUUGUGAAUGAACCCCAACUGGAAAGACUCCUAUUACUUUUGGUUGGAACUGACUUUAAUAGAGGAGAUAUAUCUUGGGGUGGUGCAUGGGCUCAGUAUUCCUUAACGUGUAUGCUACAGGAUAUUUUAGCAGGAGAAUUGCUGGCUCCAGUAGCUGCAGAAGCCAUGGAGGAAGGAACAGUGGGUGAUGAUGUAGGUGCAACAGCGGGCGACUCUGAUGACUCCCUUCAGCAGUCUUCAGCUCAGUUGUUGGAAACUAUAGAUGAACCUUUGGCACAUGAUAUAACAGGCGCUCCUCCUCUUUCCUCUUUGGAAAAAGAUAAAGAAAUUGAUCUUGAGUUACUUCAAGAUCUAAUGGAAGUUGACAUUGAUCCUUUAGAUAUUGAUUUGGAAAAGGACCCUCUUGCAGCCAAAGUCUUUAAGCCAAUAAGCAGUACAUGGUAUGAUUAUUGGGGUGCUGAUUAUGGCACCUACAAUUACAACCCUUAUAUUGGUGGUCUUGGAAUUCCUGUAGCAAAGCCACCAGCAAACACAGAGAAGAAUGGGUCACAGACAGUUAGUGUUUCAGUGUCUCAAGCCUUAGAUGCUCGCUUAGAAGUUGGACUUGAACAGCAGGCAGAACUUAUGUUGAAAAUGAUGUCCACCCUGGAAGCAGAUUCCAUUUUACAGGCAUUGACAAAUACAUCUCCUACUUUAUCACAGUCUCCCACUGGAACAGAUGAUUCACUUCUAGGGGGUUUACAAGCAGCGAACCAAACCAACCAGCUUAUCAUACAAUCAUCAUCUGUCCCAAUGUUAAAUGUUUGUUUUAACAAACUUUUCUCCAUGCUUCAAGUCCAUCAUGUUCAGUUGGAGUCACUUCUCCAGUUGUGGCUCACAUUGAGCCUGAAUUCUAGUUCAUCAGGAAACAAGGAGAAUGGAGCAGACAUUGUUUUAUAUAAUGCUAAUCGAAUACCUGUCAUUUCAUUAAAUCAAGCAUCAAUAACUAGCUUUCUCACAGUGCUAGCUUGGUAUCCCAAUACUUUGCUCCGAACAUGGUGCCUUGUGCUUCAUAGCCUAACACUCAUGACAAAUAUGCAGCUUAAUUCUGGUUCAAGCAGUGCCAUUGGGACUCAGGAGAGUACUGCCCACCUGUUGGUUUCAGAUCCCAACCUUAUUCAUGUAUUAGUGAAAUUCCUUUCUGGCACCAGUCCUCAUGGAACAAAUCAACACAGUCCCCAGGUUGGUCCAACAGCUACACAAGCUAUGCAAGAAUUUCUUACCAGAUUACAAGUGCAUCUUUCUUCAACGUGUCCUCACAUAUUCAGUGAAUUUUUGCUCAAGCUAAUUCAUAUACUUUCAACAGAAAGGGGUGCCUUCCAGACAGGCCAAGGACCUCUCGAUGCCCAAGUAAAGCUCUUAGAAUUCACUCUGGAGCAGAAUUUUGAAGUUGUUUCAGUUAGUACUAUUUCUGCUGUGAUAGAGUCUGUCACCUUUUUAGUGCACCACUAUAUCACUUGCUCAGACAAAGUAAUGUCUCGAAGUGGAUCAGAUAGCUCUGUGGGUGCUCGAGCAUGCUUUGGGGGCCUCUUCGCCAACCUCAUUCGUCCGGGUGAUGCAAAAGCAGUUUGUGGUGAAAUGACAAGAGAUCAACUCAUGUUUGAUUUGUUAAAACUGGUUAACAUUUUAGUACAGCUGCCUCUUUCAGGCAAUAGGGAAUAUAGUGCAAGAGUGUCUAUGACCAGCAAUACGACAGACAGUGUUUCAGAUGAAGAAAAAGUCUCAGGAGGCAAAGAUGGUAAUGGAAGCAGUACCAGUAUUCAAGGAUCACCUGCCUAUGUUGCUGACUUAGUGUUAGCCAAUCAACAGAUUAUGAGCCAGAUUUUGUCUGCUCUGGGUCUGUGUAAUAGCAGUGCCAUGGCAAUGAUAAUUGGGGCAAGUGGACUGCAUCUUACCAAGCAUGAAAACUUUCAUGGCGGUUUGGAUGCCAUAUCAGUUGGGGAUGGCUUAUUCACCAUAUUGACAACCCUCAGUAAAAAGGCCUCUACAGUCCACACAAUGCUGCAGCCAAUCUUAACCUACAUGGCCUGUGGGUAUAUGGGCAGACAGGGCUCUCUUGCUACUUGCCAGUUAUCUGAACCAUUAUUAUGGUUCAUUUUGAGAGUACUGGAUACUAGUGACGCCUUAAAAGCAUUCCACGAUAUGGGUGGUGUCCAGCUCAUUUGCAACAAUAUGGUUACUAGUACAAGGGCUAUUGUAAACACUGCAAGAAGCAUGGUGUCAACUAUUAUGAAAUUUCUUGACUCGGGUCCGAAUAAAGCUGUUGACAGUACUUUGAAAACAAGAAUACUAGCUUCUGAGCCUGACAAUGCAGAAGGGAUACACAAUUUUGCACCCCUGGGUACUAUCACUUCUAGCAGUCCUACUGCCCAACCAGCUGAAGUGCUUUUGCAGGCCACUCCGCCUCACAGAAGAGCUCGCUCUGCUGCUUGGUCUUAUAUCUUUCUACCAGAGGAGGCUUGGUGUGACCUUACCAUUCACCUUCCUGCAGCAGUGCUUCUGAAAGAGAUACAUAUCCAACCUCACCUUGCAUCUCUUGCAACCUGCCCAUCCUCAGUAUCUGUUGAAGUAAGUGCAGAUGGGGUAAAUAUGCUGCCUUUGUCCACUCCUGUUGUCACAAGUGGUCUCACCUACAUAAAAAUUCAGCUUGUAAAAGCUGAAGUAGCCUCUGCUGUCUGCCUUAGACUGCAUCGUCCACGAGAUGCCAGCACUCUAGGCCUUUCACAGAUCAAAUUACUGGGCCUCACAGCUUUUGGUACCACUUCUUCAGCAACAGUUAAUAAUCCCUUUCUUCCAUCUGAAGAUCAGGUAUCUAAGACAAGUAUUGGAUGGUUACGGUUAUUACAUCACUGUCUUACUCACAUAAGUGAUCUGGAGGGAAUGAUGGCAAGUGCAGCUGCACCUACUGCCAACCUACUACAGACUUGUGCCGCCUUAUUGAUGUCACCGUACUGUGGAAUGCAUUCACCCAACAUUGAGGUUGUGCUUGUGAAGAUAGGACUGCAGUCCACUAGAAUUGGCCUGAAGCUUAUAGACAUUCUCCUGAGAAACUGUACAGCAUCAGGCAGUGAUCCUACAGAUUUGAAUAGCCCUUUACUUUUUGGAAGACUGAAUGGACUUUCUUCUGACUCUACAAUAGAUAUUCUUUACCAGCUUGGAACAACUCAGGAUCCUGGAACAAAAGACAGAAUUCAGGCAUUGUUAAAAUGGGUCAGUGAUUCUGCAAGAGUGGCUGCUAUGAAGAGAAGCGGCAGGAUGAGCUACACGUUCCCUAACUCAUCAGCAGCAGAGUAUGGACUUGUAAUGCCGUCCCCUUCACAUCUGCACUGUGUAGCAGCAGUUCUGUGGCACAGCUACGAACUCCUUGUGGAGUAUGAUUUACCAGGCCUGCUGGACCGAGAGCUCUUUGAGUUACUUUUUAAUUGGUCCAUGUCUCUUCCCUGCAAUAUGGUUUUGAAGAAAGCUGUUGACAGUCUACUUUGCUCGAUGUGUCACAUACACCCAAAGUAUUUUUCUUUGCUCAUGGGCUGGAUGGGAAUUACCCCUCCUCCAAUGCAGUGUCACCAUAGACUGUCCAUGACAGAUGAUAGCAAAAAGCAGGAUCUUAGUUCCUCUUUAACAGAUGACUCUAAAAAUGCACAAGUACUUCCUGCACUAACUGAAUCACAUUUGGCAACCCUUGCUUCUGCUUCUCAAUCCCCGGAAGCUAUCAAACAAUUAUUAGACUCAGGUUUGCCUUCUCUUCUUGUGAGGAGUCUGGCGAGUUUCUGCUUUAGCCACAUUUCUUACUCAGAAAGCAUUGCUCAGUCAAUAGACACUUCCCAGGAUAAACUCAGGCGGCAUCAUGUUCUACAACAAUGUAAUAAGAUGCCUAUCACAGCAGACCUGGUUGCUCCUAUUCUUAGGUUUUUGACAGAAGUUGGCAAUAGCCAUAUUAUGAAAGAUUGGCUUGGUGGUCCUGAAGUCAAUCCACUGUGGACAGCACUUCUGUUUCUAUUGUGCCACUCUGGUUCUACUUCCGGAGGACUUAAUUUAUGUGCACAACAGACUAGUGCAAGAUCGGCUUCUCUUUCUUCAGCUGCUACAACAGGACUGACCACUCAACAGCGGACAGCAAUUGAGAAUGCAACUGUUGCCUUCUUUCUGCAGUGUAUUUCAUGCCACCCUAAUAAUCAAAAGCUGAUGGCACAGGUUCUCUGUGAACUAUUCCAGACAUCCCCUCAAAGAGCGAACCUUCCAACUUCUGGGAACAUUUCAGGGUUUAUACGAAGAUUAUUUUUGCAGUUAAUGCUGGAGGAUGAGAAAGUGACAAUGUUUCUUCAGUCUCCUUGUCCGCUGUACAAAGGCAGAAUUAAUGCUACUAGCCAUGUCAUCCAACAUCCAAUGUAUGGAGCAGGCCACAAGUUCCGUACUCUUCAUUUGCCAGUCUCAACAACAUUAUCAGAAGUUCUUGACAGAGUGUCAGAUACUCCGAGUAUCACAGCUAAACUAAUUAGUGAACAAAAAGACGACAAAGAGAAGAAAAACCAUGAAGAGAAAGAGAGAGUUAAGGCAGAAAAUGGAUUUCAGGACAAUUACAGUGUUGUUGUUGCCUCUGGACUGAAAUCCCAAUCUAAACGUGCUGUGUCAGCUACACCACCUCGCCCACCAUCAAGGAGAGGGAGGACAAUGCCUGAUAAAAUAGGGAGUGCUUCCUCGGGAGCAGAGACUGCCAGCAAGAUAAUUACUGUCCCUGUGUUUCACCUGUUUCAUAAACUCUUGGCAGGCCAGCCAUUGCCAUCUGAAAUGACACUUGCCCAGCUUUUAACUCUCCUGUAUGACCGAAAACUUCCUCAAGGUUACCGCUCAAUAGAUCUAACUGUUAAAUUGGGAUCAAGAGUUAUCACAGACCCAAGUCUAUCAAAAACAGAUUCUUUUAAAAGACUACACACUGAGAAAGAUCAUGGAGAGUUACUUGGAAGCUGUCUAGAAGAUGAGGCUCUCACUCCAAGUGAUGAGUCUCUGGAAGGGAUAUUGGAUGAAUCUUUACUCGAAACUUGCCCUAUUCAGUCACCGUUACAAGUUUUUGCAGGAAUGGGCGGAUUGGCUCUUAUUGCAGAGAGAUUGCCCAUGCUAUAUCCAGAAGUGAUUCAACAGGUGAGCGCUCCAGUUGUAACAUCUACCACUCAGGAAAAGCCAAAGGAUAGUGAUCAGUUUGAAUGGGUGACCAUUGAACAAUCGGGGGAAUUAGUUUAUGAAGCACCAGAAACCAUUGCAUCUGAGCCUCCACCUAUUAAGUCAGCAGUACAGACCAUGUCUCCCAUACCUGCACAUUCUUUGGCUGCUUUUGGAUUAUUUCUGCGUCUUCCGGGCUAUGCUGAAGUGCUACUGAGAGAGAGAAAACAUGCCCAGUGCCUUCUUCGAUUAGUUUUGGGAGUGACAGAUGAUGGAGAAGGAAGUCAUAUUCUGCAAUCUCCAUCAGCCAAUGUGCUUCCAACCCUUCCUUUCCAUGUCCUUCGUAGCUUGUUUAGCACUACACCUUUGACAACUGAUGAUGGUGUACUACUAAGGCGGAUGGCAUUGGAAAUUGGAGCACUGCAUCUCAUUCUUGUCUGUCUCUCUGCUCUGAGUCACCAUGCCCCACGAGUUCCAAACUCUAACCUUAAUCAAACAGAGCCACAGGUGUCAAGCUCUCAUAACCCCACAUCAACAGAAGAACAGCAGUUAUAUUGGGCCAAAGGUACUGGCUUUGGAACAGGCUCUACAGCUUCUGGCUGGGAUGUGGAACAAGCCUUAACUAAACAAAGGCUGGAAGAAGAACAUGUUACCUGUCUUUUGCAGGUUCUUGCAAGUUAUAUAAACCCUGUGAGUGGUGCAGUAAAUGGAGAAGCUCAGUCAUCUCAAGAGAGUAGAGGACAGAACAAUAAUGCCCUUCCUUCUGUGCUUCUUGAACUUCUCAGUCAGUCCUGCCUUAUCCCAGCCAUGUCAUCUUAUCUACGAAAUGAUUCAGUUCUGGACAUGGCAAGACAUGUGCCACUGUAUCGGGCUCUGCUAGAACUGCUCCGGGCCAUCGCUUCUUGUACAUCCAUGGUGCCCCUAUUGUUGCCUCUUUCUACAGAGGAUGGUGAAGAGGAAGAAGAACAGUCAGAAUCUCAAACUUCUGUUGGUACAUUAUUAGCCAAAAUGAAGACCUGUGUGGAUACCUAUACCAACCGUUUAAGAUCUAAAAGGGAAAGUGUUAAAACAGGAGUAAAGCCAGAUGCAUCGGAUCAAGAACCAGAAGGACUUACUCUUUUGGUACCAGACAUCCAAAAGACUGCUGAGAUAGUUUAUGCAGCCACCACUAGUUUGCGGCAAGCAAAUCAAGAAAAAAAACUAGGUGAAUACUCAAAGAAGGCAGCUAUGAAACCUAAACCUAUGACAGUAUUAAAAUCACUUGACGAAAAAUAUGUAGCUGUCAUGAAGAAAUUACAGUUUGAUACAUUUGAGAUGGUUUCUGAAGAUGAAGAUGGGAAGUUGGGUUUUAAAGUAAAUUACCACUACAUGUCUCAGGUGAAAAAUGCAAACGAUGCAAACAGUGCUGCCAGAGCCCGUCGUCUUGCCCAGGAAGCUGUGACACUUUCCACCUCACUGCCCCUUUCAUCAUCCUCCAGUGUAUUUGUACGCUGUGAUGAGGAGCGCCUUGACAUCAUGAAGGUUCUGAUAACUGGUCCAGCAGACACUCCUUAUGCAAAUGGAUGCUUUGAAUUUGAUGUGUAUUUUCCUCAAGAUUAUCCCAGUUCACCCCCUCUCGUCAAUCUAGAGACAACUGGUGGUCAUAGCGUGCGAUUCAAUCCAAACCUUUAUAAUGAUGGCAAGGUUUGUUUAAGCAUCUUAAAUACAUGGCACGGAAGACCAGAAGAGAAAUGGAAUCCUCAGACCUCAAGUUUUUUGCAAGUGUUAGUGUCUGUUCAGUCCCUUAUAUUAGUAGCUGAGCCGUAUUUUAAUGAACCAGGAUAUGAACGGUCUAGAGGCACUCCCAGUGGCACACAGAGUUCCCGAGAAUAUGAUGGAAACAUUCGACAAGCAACAGUUAAGUGGGCAAUGCUAGAACAAAUCAGAAACCCUUCGCCAUGCUUUAAAGAGGUUAUACACAAACAUUUUUACUUGAAAAGAGUUGAGAUCAUGGCCCAGUGUGAGGAGUGGAUUGCAGACAUCCAGCAAUACAGCAGUGAUAAGCGGGUAGGCAGGACUAUGUCUCACCAUGCAGCAGCUCUCAAGCGUCACACUGCUCAGCUCCGGGAAGAGCUGCUCAAACUUGCCUGCCCUGAAGGCUUGGACCCUGAUGCCGAGGAAGCCUCAGAGACAUGCAGUGCUGCUACCACAGCAGGUGCUGAGGGGACUCCGGUGCAUGAUCAGGUCAAACCCAGCAGCAGUAAAGAACUCCCCAGUGACUUCAAAUUAUGAGCUGCAUUGACAUGGACUUCAUAGACACAAAGGCUUUGAAGCACAAGCCAAAUAUGUCAAUAUUUGUAUGUAAGAAACAAAUUAUGUAUUAGGUAAUGAGACUGAAACUAUACUUGCCCUUAAGGAGAUCCAGUUUAAUUCAAGGUGAUCUUUUAUUUACCUGUACAAGAGUGUAAACUUUUUUGUGCUUUUAUUUUUCAAUUGUGAGAACCACUGAUUGGUAUGUUCAACAAAUUUGUGUAUACAAAGACAUGGAUAAAUCACUGAUACGUAAGGGAAACUACCUUAGGAAAGAAUGUUUACUGAAUGUUUCUUUUUUUUUUUUACUGUAGAAUGAGGGAUUGUUAACAAAGAAUAUAUAUUGGUCAUUCUUACAACUACUAUUUAAAGUCAGCAACUUUUCACCAAAUUUGAUAGAUUUUAUGUUUGGCCAUAUCUUCAUGCUCAUAAUUGAUUUCUGAAGACCUACAUACACUUCAAUAAAAGUUAAAUGGUCAUGCUCCCUCUUUUUUUGAUUUACUGGUAUAUUUUUUUAAGUAAUAAAGCUGCCACAAAAUGGACUAUAGCUGGAGACUUGCUCUUGUAUGGAUGAAUUUAUUACAUUCAACAUAUUUAAUUUUAUGCCUUUUAAUUCUAAAAUACAGUAAAAAUAAAUGAACAUGAUUUGAUUCUAUGCCAACAUUUGGGCCUCUGAAUGUAUCCAUUAUUUGUGUUAAGUAUAUAAAAAGGAAUGAUCAAUCUGAACUGAUAUUUUUUCCCUAAAGGGCUCUUUUUUUCUAUCUGGUUUUAUUACUAAAGUCACUUGUAUGUAUUAAACAAUGAGGCUCUGUAGAGCAGAGAGGAUGUACCCCUCUGGUGCUGUUACAGUACAUUCUGUACCUGCCAUAUAGGCUCAUUUUCAUGCAAAUUCUUCCUAGAGCCAAAAAUAAAGACUUAGGUGUAUUAAUAUGUCUUGUUUCUAAAAACAGUUUGCCAUGGUGUGAAAUUCUAUUUCUACAAAGAAUUGGAAACUUUCAAGACCAAGCAUGGGAGAGGAAAUUAUAUUUUUCUAGGAUCAGUUACCACAAGGGAAAAACUAAUGUGAUUCCUGACAAUAUUUCUUUUAAAUGGCGCUGUGUGAGAACCCUGAAUCUGGAGCUGAUCUGAAGGAGAAGCAAUAUUGUGAACAGUGAGUCGCUCUCUGAAGAAAAAGGGGAAAUAGGGAGCCUCCUAUAUGAGAUGCUCUCUCAUGUUCAAGUUAACAGAGUCCCUUGAGCAUGGGAUAAAAGAGGGACAAAAGUAAGACCAAGAAAAGAUUUUAUUACACAGAACAUUAGCUCUGGUGGUUAGUGUAUUGCACCAAGAAUGACAAAAAAGGGAUAGAGUUAAUUUAUAAUAAGGAAACAAACUCAGUAUAUCACCUGAAGAUAUGCUGGCUAAAAUCUAAGUAUAAAAUUAUCAGCAAUAAGAAGUAAAAGGACAGUUAUCAGUUCUCCAGAUUAUUUUUGGCCUAUCAGGGUCCCAUUAGUGAUGGAUGAUAGAAGUUUCUGCCAAGCAUAAUGUUUGCCUCCAAUUUUGGAUUUUUUUUUUUUUUAAUCACUAAAGUUGGACUAGUUUCCUCACUCCCACCCCCACCACCACCAUUAGUUUUCAAUUAGUCUUCAGAAAGCUUUAAAAAAGAACAGUGACAAUACCAAUACUAUGAGGUCCAAUUCAUGUUCUGUAAAAACAAAGGCCUAAAAAUCUAAAUUUGAAACCAAUUACAUUAAAAUAGUUCCAUCUGGGAUCCAGAUUUCAUCCCAACAAACAUUUCAAGCACUCACUGUGUACUAGGUCAGGUUUCUGUAGUCAAGGAAUGAACAGACAGGAGAACAAUGUCAGUGCAAUAUGCUAAGUACUCUAAUAAAGUUAUUUAUAAGGGACCUUUAUCCCAGGCAAAAUGUUGCUGGGCACUGAGGUGAUACGGUCAGGAAAGGCAUCCUAAAGGAAAACAUUCUGAGUCUUGAAGGAUGACGAGAAAGAAGUUAGCCAGGUAGAAAGACAUUCUAGAAACAAGAAAAGCAAAAGCAAAGUCCAGGUUAAUGGCACUAUGUUGGAUAUUAUUGGAUGUCAAGGGCAGAGAGGGGAUAGCCAAAUGGGAUGGCAGCUAUGGUGUUAGAAAGAUAGGGAGGAUCAGGUCAUAGAAGACCUUGUUUGCCCUGUAACAGAAAUUUGACAUUUUACUUUCGGCAAGGGAGAAUCCUUGAUUAUUUAAGGGAAGCAAUGUGAUCAGGUUGUUUAAGGAAAAUCGUUCUGCCAAAUGUUGGGAGGCAAGGAGAUCACUUAAGAGCCCACUCUAGAGUCCAGGUGGUAGAUCAUAAAUUAGGACAAUGGAAGGGAUGGAAGGGAAGAGAUAGGUGACAGGACUUGGGGAAAAUAAUAUGUUGGAAUGAGAAUAACUUCAGCAUGUUUUCAGGCUGAAGAGCCAGGGGAGAAGGGUAAGUGUGAAGGCCUUGGAGAAGGAUGGAGCAAAGCUCAGCAGACGUAGGAUGACCUGGUCAAGUGUGGGGAAUUUGAAGAAAUGCAGAAACCAGUAAAGCAAAUUGGUCUACUCAUAAAACACUUGGUAUAAAGUUAUUAUCUUAAAGAACAGUACAAAAUUAAACUGCUUAAGUACUCUUCUAGGAUUAAACCAGUAUCUCGAAGUCAUUAGACAAAUAUAGAAGGUAAUGUAAGCAUUUCUUUUUCUUUGAUGUCUCAUAAGUUGGCUUAUGUAGGCUAGGAUGGUCUGAAAUGAGAUGUUCUAGUGUGUCUCAAAUUGUCUGUGAUGAAGGCUGGGGUUUCGCCCCCACUCUCCAUUAGAAAGCAAAGCUCUAUAAAACAUAAACGUUGCAGCAGUGUCACGUGGCUUACUCUCACAUUUCUAAACGUAGCUAAUUGCAGUCUGGGGACCACAACUUGAUUAGCACUGUGCCAAAUAAUUGAGGCUGGCCCCUCAGACAUUACUAACUAGUCAUUUAUUCUUUAAACAAAAGCUAAUUAUUCAGAUAAAUUUCUAUGGUUGCCUUGUUUCACCGUAGUAUAUAUUUUUUCACAAUUAGAACUUAAUACUCUGAUACGUCCUUGCAUCAGUGGUGCUGGAAUAGUGUCAAUUUGUUAAAAUACAAGCUUCAGAUCUUGGGAGGUAAUGAUACUGGUUAGACCACAAUAUUCUAAGACUGGAAAACAGGCCCCCUGGGUCAGCCUAGACCCAGGAACAGAUCCAAUUGCAGACCUCAAAGGGGAUUAGGUGGACUGCAAACUACUGCACUGUUGCUCCAGUUUUGAGAAAGGUAGAGCAUGGCAGGUUCUCAGGUUCUUUUGGUUUCAAUACUAUUUAUUUUUUUAUUAUAGUAGUUAUGCUAUAUAGGUCACUAAGGAAAAUUGGGAAAAUAUAGAAAGAUAUAAAAUUCAAAAUAAAGUACUUAAUUUUUUGGUAUCUUCCCUUUAGCCUGUUUUCUGUACUUCUAUUUUCUAUUGGUAUAACGUAUAUAUAAUUUUAUCAGUUUAACUAUGCACAUUUCUUUUUUUAUCAUUAAAAAAUUAAUGGGUGCAUAAUACGUAUGUAGUUGACCAACCUCAUACUCUUGGACAUUUUGAUUGUUUCUGUUUUUCUAACUAUAAAUAGUGCUCUAAUGAAAAUAGUCUGUAUCUUUGAUUAUUCCUUUAUGAUAAAUCCUAGAAGUAGAAAGACUAGGUCAGAGGUUUGAUAUAUAAUGAUGAAUUGCUUUCCAGAGUAGUUGUACUCAUUGACACUUCCAAUAUCAAUCUAUGUUGCCAUACUCUGGCCAGCAUUAUAAUUUUUUAAUCUGGCAUUUUUACUUAUCAUUACCAAACAUGUUUCCAUCUGCAUUUUUUCCAUAAUAAAAUUAACAUUGUUUAUUAGCCAUUGAAUUUCUACUUCUGCCAAUCAUUAGUUUAUACCUUUUCCACAUAUUUUGUUAUCACCACAGGCUGUCUUCAUAUAUAUGAGCUACUAUAACGGAAUAUUAAUUUUUAGCAUACUUGUAAAUAUUUUUCCAUAUGGCCUUUUAAAUUUUGUUUUUCGCGUAAACCUGUACCUCUUGCCACAGUGUCGAUUCUGACUUAUAGCGACCCUAUGAGACAGAGUAGAAUUGCCCCAUAGAGUUUCCAGGGAGCGUCUGGUGGAUUCAAACUGCCAACCUUUUGGUUAGCAGCCAUACCACUUAACCACUACGCCACCAGCAUUUCUGUUUUUCUCAUAGAUGUUUUAAAUCAUAAAAUCUAUAGAUCAUUUCCUUUGUAAUAUUAAUUGCUUUUUUAUUCUUCAAAAGGGCUUCCUUUUGCAAAACAAAAGAAUCGUGUAUUUUCUCACUGGGAUUGGUCUUGGUGUUCUGUUAACCUUGUCUGGAGCUGAAGUGGAACAGGCUUGGGCCACACACUGAAGGUGGGAGAUGCCAGCCAGGCAGAAAGGAAGCUCCAUCCUGUCUACUCUGUCCUCUCCAAAAUCUGCCCAGUUUCUAACAACUAUCCUCCCUUCUCUCAGCUUAUACUCCUGAUGCGUUGAGCCAAAGGAGCUGACUUGUGCCCUUUGAGCCUAUCCACUUCGUGAAUGCAAGAGGACUCCUCUGGCCCUCUCCUGCUCCUUUACCUUCUGAAUGUGACCCUGUAGUGCUCUGAUGGGCUUCACCAAAGGCUGUUUUUGUUUGUUUGCUUUCCUCUGUUUCCUACAUAUGUGCCCCUUCUCAGGUUGCACCGGCUAUGUUUUCCUGUGCAGGAAGAGAUGGCACCAGGCCACCAUUUUGAUUGUGUUUUCAGUUUUACUCAGUUCUCAUUUCUCCAGGCAUAGGACUGCCCAAUCCAGUCACCUCAGCUGCAGGCUGCCCUGGGCUGCUGGGAGGCAUAUAGCCCCCAACUAAGUACCGCUGCCACCUGGGAUCCCCAGGGCGCUAAGCCUCCCCACCUCCCUGGCCUUUUCUCUCCGUUCCAAGGGCCAGGUCACCAGGGGGCCAGGACAGGCAUACAUCUCCCUUAUCUUUGCCUCCCCCUUCCUUGUUCUUGCUAUUGCUUUUCUUUAGCCUUUCUAAAGGUUUGGUUUGUUCCUUUUUUUUUCCACCUUGCGCUCUGCAAAGUCAGCAAUCCCAGCUGGAGUACCUCCCAUCUCCCUGGUGCCUUUUCUGUUUUCAGAUGAACCUGCUUAAGCUCCUUUGGCCUGUUAGUGCCGCUUUCCAGGAAGCCACUAUCCUUUUUUUUUUUUUAUCCCCCCCCCCCACCCCAUUGCCAUAAGGUCGUUCAUAGGGUCACUAUGAGUCGGAACCAACUGAAUGGCACCUAACAACAACAUAGCCAUACAGGUUUUGGAUUUCCUAAUCCUGGCAAAUUUUCAAAUAUUUCUUGAAUCGUUCUUUUGCAUAAAUUCACAAAUGGAAAAAAAAAAUUUUUUUUUUCAAGCUCUAAGUUCAUCUCACAUAGGAUGAUGUUGGUACAAAGCGCCUUUCCUAGUAGCUACUACCCUGAAGCAAGGCCGAGUUAAUCUCCCAAAGUUGCUUAACAAGGGAGAGCGCUAGCGCUGGAAGGUCUCAAGCUCAGCUGCCGUUAAAUGAUUUAUAAAAGCCUCCUUACCAAGGAAAGAUUAGUAUCUUAAUUUUUUCAGAUGUCCCUUUCUUUAGAUAUUCUUUUAGCACUUUAUACAUGCCGUGCUAUGUGCUAUGGUUAAUGAAAGAGACCAUUAAAACUGAUAAUUUAGGUUGUAUUUUUACAAUCUUCCAGUUACCAGCAGGUUCUCUUCCAACCCAUUUCAGUAUCUCAGCCCAAGGGAUUAUUUUGGGAUUAUGAGCUUCCUGAGAACAUUCCAUGCAGGUCUAGGAAAAGUUAACCCCUUGAUAAUUCAGUUUCUGACCUCACAAUAGAACACAUAAUUUCCUUGGCCUCAAAGGAGAAACACCUGAUCCACCGUUAAUUGCUGCCUUUUCCUGGCAUCCUUGUGUCAGACCCUGUGCUUAGUACUGGAUACCAUGAUUCUUAUUAGCAAUUGGUCUCAUAACAAUGCCAACUACUAGGAACACUGCAUCAAAGUGUGGAUGAGAUAAUGAAGCAGUACAUCUGUGGCCGCUAUCCCUCCCUCCAGUCGACUCCCACUCCCUUAGUUGUAGCACGUGACCCCACCUUACUCUCAUCUAUUGUGGGCAGCCAGAAUUAAUCACUGCGUCCUAGUCUGUAUCCACUGAGAUCCUUACCUACUUAAUCUUGGGCCUCUUUUGAUCAUCCUUCAUAUAAGUUCAAAGCCUUUUUCUAAGAACUGGUUUCUGAGGAUCUGUCCAAAAAUGAGGAUUGUUAAUUUCCAGGAAUGUUCUUUUACCUCUACUGAAGCAGCUUAAACUUUACACUCAAGAAAAACUCACUUCAUUCUCGAGAAGCUGAGGUUGAGGAAGAGGUUAAUGAGGAUGCUUAGAGACUACUUCUAAUAUCAGGGCGUGGACCAGAGGGAGGCCAGGAACUGUAUAAUGCCAGGGCCCAUACAAGUUUACUUCCUUUCACUGCAAUCCAGACAACUCUAAUAAUGCCCUUGUGUAAUUGUCGACAUUUGGAAAUGUAUAGUUUGAAAGAAAUCUGUAUCUUUUUCUCUGCCUUUCUCUGCCCACCUAGGAAUCAAAGCAAUAUAAUGAGCGAAUUCUUUCCAAUAAUGAAUCUUAGUAAAAAAUAACAAUACUGAGCCUUCAAAUUAUCUAGUAUAGUGCAUUCCAAACCUUGCUUGCAAUAACUUUUAUCUUGAGAACAUGCAGAGGAGCCUACUUCACAAAACAGCCUGGUACUGGUAUAGCAAUAGACACAUAGGCCAAUGGAAUAGAAUUCAGAGUCCAGAAAUAAACCCACACAUCUGUGGCCAACUGAUUUUUUACAAUGGUGCUGAGGGGAUAGGGAAAGAAGAAUUUCUUCAAUAAAUGGUGCUGGGAAAAUUGGAUUUCCCACAUGCAGAAAAAUGAAACAGGAUCCAUGCUCACACCAUAAACAAAUGCAAAAUGGAUAAAAAAUCUAAAUGUGCAAACAAACCAUAAAAUGCUUAGAAGAAAAUGCAGGGACAGCACUGUCAGGUCUAGCUUUUAACAAUUAUCUAGUAUAAAAACAAAAGCACAAACAGCAAAAGACAGAUGGGACCUCAUAAAAAUUGAAAACUAUCAAAAGACUUUACAAAGAAAGUGAAAAGGCAAUUUACAGACUGGGAGAAUAUCUUUGGGAACCAUAUGUCUGAUAAGAAUCUAAACCAAAAUAUAAAAUUUUUACAACAAAAAGACAACCCAAUCAUAAAAUGGGCAAAGGAAUAGACAUUUCACCAAGCAAGACAUUCAAAUGGCUGCCAAACACAUGAAAAGAUACUCAGCGUCAUUAGCCAUUCCAAAAACUCGUUGCCAUCAAGUCGCUUCGGACCCAUAGCAACCCUAUAGGACAAAGUAGAACCGUCCCACAGGGUUUCCAAGGGAUGGCUGAUGGAAUUGAACUGCUGACCUUUUGGUUAGCAGCUGAGCUCUAAACCACUGCACCCCAGGGCUCCCAUUAGCCAUUAACCCAUUGCUGUUGAGUCAAUUCCAACUCAUAACAACCCUAUAGGACAGAAUAGAGCUACUACUUAGAGUUUCCAAGGAGCAGCCGGUGGAUUUGAACUGCAAACCUUUUGGUCAGUAGCCAUAGCAAGCCAUAGCUCUUAAUCACUGCCACCAGAGCCAUUAAAAAACCAAACCCAUUGCCUCCAAGUUGAUUCCAAUUCACAGUGACCCUAUAGGGCAGAGUAGAACUGCCACAGAGUUUCCAUGGAUCGCCUGGUGGAUUCAAACCACCAACCUUUAUGGAUAGCAGCCAUAGCACUUAACCACUCUGCCGCCAGGGUUUCCAAAGCCACCAGAGCCAUUA